CCUACUGAAUGCUGCUGUUCGGGACUGGAGCGCAAUAGUGGUGUCCAGCGGGAGAAGAGAUAAGAAAGAAUGUAAAUUUGCCCAGCAGAAUUAAAGCUCAGAAAUAUCACGACGAUGGACGUCAGGGGUGCAGCAACGUGGGAAGCCUUGGCGAGUCGCGACGCCAGUUCCAGAGACGCGGCGAUGGCUAGUCUUCACCAAGAGGUGAUGAGAAGAGUAGAGAGCGUAGGUCCAAUGCCGGAGACACCGUCCGGACCCUCAGCCACUAGCGCUCCCGGUGUGGCCGACGACCUAAGCGACAUUCUGGCUCGCGUUCUGAUGCUUUCCAAGAGGUGUCCUUACGACGACGUCCGGGAGAAAUGCGUUUGGUUGCUUCGGAGUAUCCAGGAUAUUGGAGUGCGAAUCCCCAGACCGCUGGGAAACGGACCAAGUAAAUUCAUCCCAGAAAAAGAGAUCCUUAAAGUUAGCAAAGUGGAUGCUAGAACCAUAUUCGAGGAAGCCUUUUCCCUUGGUCGCCUUGACAACAUCUCCCUGGUAAUGGGCUUCCACCCCCAGUAUUUGGAGAGCUUCCUAAGGACACAGCACUACCUACUUCAGAUGGAUGGCCCCUUGUCCCUGCACUACAGACAUUACAUUGGCAUAAUGGCGGCUGCCAGGCACCAGUGCUCGUACCUGGUCAACCUGCACGUGAACGACUUCUUGCAGGUGGGCGGUGACCCCAAGUGGCUGAACGGCCUGGAAGGAGCCCCACAGAAGCUGCGCUCCCUGGGCGAGCUCAACAAAAUCCUGGCGCACCGGCCUUGGCUGCUGACCAAGGCACACAUGGAGAGUCUGCUGAAGGCCGAGGAGCAUAGCUGGUCUCUAGCAGAGCUGAUCCAUGCCGUGGUGCUGCUCACACACUACCACUCGAUGGCCUCCUUCACCUUUGGCUGCGGGAUUAGUCCAGACAUUCACGCCGAGGGGGGGCACACCUUCAGACCACCCUCCCUCAGCAGCUACUGCGUGUGUGACAUCGCCAAUGGAAACGGCGCUGUGGACGAGCUGCUUGCGGACCAGCAGGUUUUGGAGGUGUCAGGGGAGGUGGAAGUGCUGAUGGAGAGGAUGAAACAACUGCAAGAAUGUCGCGAUGAAGAGGAAGCCAGCCAGGAGGAGAUGGCCACGCGCUUUGAGCGGGAGAAGAGCGAGAGCAUGCUGGUGACCACAGCUGAGUACGAAGAGUGCGUGCCUUCCCGUGACGUGUCGCGGCACUUUGAGGACCCCAGCUAUGGAUAUCAGGACUUCUCCAGACGCGGAGAGCAUGUACCCACCUUCAGGGUCCAGGACUACAGCUGGGAGGACCACGGCUUUUCGCUGGUGAACCGGCUGUACCCAGACGUGGGCCAGCUGCUCGAUGAGAAGUUCCAAAUUGCGUACAAUCUGACGUACAACACCAUGGCAACGCACCAGGGUGUAGACACCUCCAUGCUCCGCCGAGCAAUUUGGAACUACAUCCACUGCAUGUUUGGUAUCAGGUAUGAUGAUUAUGAUUAUGGGGAGAUUAACGAGCUGUUGGACCGAAACUUUAAAGUAUACAUUAAGACCAUGGUGUGUAGCCCAGAGAAGAUCACCAAAAGGAUGUAUGAGAGUUUCUGGAGGCAAUUCCAGCACUCUGAGAAGGUCCAUGUUAAUUUGCUUCUUAUGGAAGCGCGCAUGCAAGCAGAACUGCUCUACGCUCUAAGAGCCAUCACUCGCUACAUGACAUGAAGUGCUAUUAUUGCUAAUUUUGUAUUUUUAAUGUCAUUGUUGUUGCUUUUUAUGGGACACUUCAAUAAAAGAUAAACAACAAAAAAAGAGGAAAAAACAAAAGCUAUAGGAAUGGUUAUGAGGCUGAAUGCGGAAGACGACGAGGAUGUUGGGAGGAGAGAAAGUUUUUAAAAAAAAUCACACAAGAAGUCAUCUGAACCCAUGUACUGACUGAAAUUUUUUUUGUUUGUUUGUUUUAAUUUUUUUGUUUUGGUCUGCAGUGCCAAAACCCACCACCAGGGGGUGUUUGCAGACCCCUGUACUGGGACAGCUUGAGACUGCGAGCUUACGGAGGAGUGCUCACCUCCCCGUGUCUCAAAUGCAUCUGCAUUAAGAUGCUUCCCAUUCAUAUCUUAUUUUUUUGUAAGAUGAGAGGAAAAUAAUUUCCGCAACUCCAGUAUCGGUGCAGACUGACUGCACAGACAUGCCUGUCUACUCUUUUGUUUUCAUAUGGUUUUUGUAGUGCAGGUAGCUGGAGAGAAAAGCAUUAUUCAAGCUGCAUAAAUGUGUGCCUUCUCCUAAAUGGCACAGGAGACAAACGCAGGUGUGCUGUCUGUCGAUGCUGCUUUUCUCAACAGAGGCACAGGCCUCAAGACAUCCAAACCAUUAUCCAUUUUAUAAGCUAACUCGAGGACGUGUCGGAGAGAAUGUGAUUGUGAUUGGCAGUGUGUGAACUGCGCAUUUGUGCUUUUGUGUGUGUGCAUAUGCACACAUUCGGGAGAGAGAGAUUCAAAAGAACUAUAGCUGUCUGAGCCCUUUUGGUUUACUGUAAGUCACCACUCUGUCUCUGCUUACCAAUGUGUGUUAUAAAAAUGUGUAUAAAUGAAAUUUAUCUUAGCCUUUUUUUUUUUUUGGUAUUUCAGGUAUAAAAAAUAUCAAGGCACUUUUCUGAAAUAUCGAGAUAUGCUUAAGCUCUGAUGUAGCCAUUUUGGGUUUAGUGACCAUUUCCCAAAUUUACUUUGUAUUCUCCAAGCAACGAGUGAGCAAUUACUUUCGAGGAAAAAAUGAGUCUUCCUUUGUGAGGUGCUUCCUGUUGUUCUGGACCCUGUCCCCCUACCCAUCACCUGUCUUCCCGUACCAUGUGGUCAUCUAAACUGUUGGAAAGCUAUUGUUUUGUUAUUCUGGGUUUGUCAGUAUAACGAAAUACCUCCUGUAAGGAAUUUCUCAAAGUAUCGAAGUGCUCUUUGGUGAGCAGGACUUAUCUCCUUUCAUGGCUGCCUGUCACUUGGACACAGGCUUCCUGAACGACUGGGCCGUUGUGACGUUAAUCCGUAUACUUGUUUUCAGAUCCUUUAACCAGUAUAAAUAAGCAGCAUUUCCCUUUUUUUUCUAAUUUCCCUUUUGUUUUUCCUAAUUUUGUGUGCACAUGUGUGUUUUUGGCAGGAUAAAACAUCUGUCUUUUUUUUGUUUUGUUUGUUUACUAAUCACGUACUGCCGUUCUGCUGGUGGCUGGAACAGUCAGGUGUAGAGGAGCGGUAAAACAGGAGGGGAGAGGGCUGGUACGUUUUCUUUUGGACAAGGAUGGUAAGAAGUAAGGUUGUUGUUUUUUUAUCAGUUUUAGGAGAUUUGUCAGUUAAUGAGAUGCUGACAUUUUUCUAACAAAAAAAAACCUUUAAAUAUGUUUUACUUUUUUCUUGAUCACUUUGGAACAGUCAUAUUUCAGCCGUUUUUUUUUGUUUGUUUGUUUUUGUUUUCCGACAGAUUUUAGUUGCAUCAAAACAAUCACAUCCACUUUCGUUGUGGCAAUUGUUUGAAGUCUUCAUAUCGUUAUUAAAAAAUAAACAUUUAUUUGAAAACA